CUACUACUACUACACCACAUCGAAUCAAUCGAUCAUACGUUCUUGUCAUCACCACCUUUUCGAUCAACAUAACGAAACAUAUCUUAAAUAAGGACAACCAAGAGACAUCACUCAAAAUGCAUUUCUCCGCCGCCACCGCCACCGCCUCCCUCUUCACCUUCUUCUCCCUCGCCUCGGCUGGUGCCGUUCCCGCCUACCCAGGCUACAAAGUCAUCUGGUCCGACGAAUUCACGGGUGAAGCCGGCGCUCCCCCGAGCUACUCCAAGUGGAACUACGCCCUCAACACCGACACCAACAACGAACUCCAAGCCUACACCACCUCCAACCAGAACGUCCAACUCUCCGGCGGUUCCACCGUCCAAUUCGUCCCCCGCAAAGACGCCACCGGCAAAUGGAGCUCGGGCCGUCUCGAAUCCCAAGCAACCUUCACCCCAUCCGCCAACCGCACCACCCUCGUCGAAGCCUCCAUCCGCUUCGGCGACCUCGCCACCUCCCAAAAGAAGGGCCUCUGGCCCGCCUUCUGGAUGCUCGGCGACGCCAUCCACCACGGCACCUCCUGGCCGGCCUGCGGCGAGCUCGACAUCAUGGAGACCAUCAACGGUCUGUUGACGGGGUACGGGACCGCGCACUGCGGCGGCGGCGCGAACGGCGAAGCCGUGGGUGGGCCGUGUAACGAGCCCAUGGGUGUUCCUCAUACCGUGCUUCUGCCGGAUUAUGGAUGGCAUACUUGGAGCUUGUCGAUUGAUCGCACGAAUGCUGGUGGGGAUUGGAGGGCGGAGAAGAUUAGUUGGUUGUUGGAUGGGAAGGUGUAUGGGACGCUUAUGGGCAGCGAUAUCAAUGAUGAGGGCGUUUGGGCGACGUUGGCGAGGAGUCCGUUGUUUAUUAUCCUCAAUCUGGCGGUCGGUGGCGAUUGGCCGGGGCAGCCGGAUGCGAACACGGCGGAUGGGUAUGGGAAUAUGAUGGAGGUGGAGUAUGUGGCUGUUUUGGAGGCUUAGAAUGCUAUGCAAAACGGUUUGCAGAGCUCCAACUCGACAUCGGGAAAUGGGACGUCGGGGAGCGGGACGUCGUGGAAUGGGGGGCAGAGCUGGAACCAAACUUCUUGGAACCAGACGUCUGGUGCGGAUAACACGACUGUUUUGGCAUGUUGACCAGGCUCGCCAUCAUUGAAGAAGAAGAAAGGGGAAGGAGGAGGAAAAGGCCGGCAGAAUUC